AAACUGCGACAUAGCGGGGAAGUCUGGCGAUGAAGCGUUUACCCGGCACUGCAGCGUGGCAGAUGGAGAUUCAGCAUGUAGCCACCCACUCGGUAGCUAGCGAGCUAGUAAAGAAUUGACCCGUGUGCCGUGACCAUUUACCGCCACCGGUGCCGAUUCCUUGAAAGAAAAGGUGGCUAUUGUUGCAAAGAAGCAUCGGAAUUUCCCCACAUCGAAGUUAUAGCUUAUGCUGUAAGCGUCCAUCCGAGCCAUACAAGACAGGGGAAAGGUAGAAAAGAGAGGGGCAACGAUAUCGUCAAGUGGGUGCGGGGGAUCUUGGUAGAAACCCCUAGCUUACUAGCCGUUUUUUAAUGAAGAAUGCCAUGUUAUGAUUACGGCCAAUAGUUUCGAGUCGAUAAUAAUCAUCGGUCAUAAUUUGUGAAUCAGACAAACCUCCAACUUGUAUCACGAGAAGUGUUGAAAAUGCCGAUUCAUCACUUGAUGAUAGGAACAUGGACUCCACCGGGAGCCAUCUUCACUGUCGCAUUCGACGAUGAGAAAUUAACAUUGGAAUUGGUGAAGAGAACUGAAAUCCCUCACAAUGAGCCCAUCUCGUGGAUGACUUUUGAUCAUGCCAAGAAGAACAUAUACGGCGCAGCCAUGAAGAAAUGGUCCAGUUUCGCUGUCAAGAGUCCGACCGAAAUCGUUCACGAAGCGUCGCAUCCCAUGAACCAUGAUCCUCAAGCAAGCUUGGCCACGACCAACACCCGGGCCAUAUUUUUACUCGCCGCGAAACAGCCUCCGUACGCCGUAUACUGCAACCCGUUCUAUACUCAUGCCGGACAUGGAUCGGUAUUCUCCGUGUCGUCCACCGGUGCUCUCGAAAAGGAUAUACAACAUUAUCCAUAUCAACCGAAAACAGGCAUCCACGGUAUGGUAUUUGAUCCGACAGAAACCUACCUCUACUCUGCCGACUUAAAAGCCAACAAGCUAUGGGUACACAAGAAGGCACCAUCGGGGGAGGUGGAGCUGGUAGGAAGUGUAGAUGCGCCCGAUCCCAAGGAUCACCCGCGGUGGGUGGCCAUGCACCCGACGGGGAAUUACUUAUACGCUCUCAUGGAGGCCGGUAAUCGACUUUGCGAAUAUGUUAUCGACCCGGCAACACACAUGCCCGUUUACACACACCACUCAUAUCCUCUGAUUCCACCGGGAAUUCCGAAGCACGACUCGAUGUAUCGCAGCGACGUAUGCUCUCUUACAAGGUCGGGCAAGUAUCUGUUUGCGACGAGUCGAGCCAAUAGCUUCGACCUGCAGGGCUACAUAGCGGCGUUUCGGCUCAGGGAUUGUGGAUCGAUCGAGAAGCAAAUUUGUCUGAAUCCUACUCCAACGAGUGGUGGACAUAGCAAUGCAGUGGCGCCGUGCGACUGGAGCGAAGAGUGGAUAGCGAUUACAGAUGAUCAGGAUGGUUGGAUUGAAAUAUAUCGGUGGAAAGACGAGUUCUUAGGUCGUGUUGCAAGAUGUAGGAUUCCUGAGCCAGGAUUUGGUAUGAAUGCGAUAUGGUAUGACUAGAAGAAGAAUUGAGUGAAUAUGAGGAAUACAUGUAGCUUAUUGGCCCCCAAUGAGAAAAAGAAAAAGAAAAGAAAAUUUAGGUUUCUUAAGUGACGAUCCUAUUUGAUUACACCACAUGCGCGUACUACGACUUGUACGACUUGAUAAUU